UGAUUUCUCUCUUCCUCUCUGCCCCAAGUGGGCUGUUUGGUCUUGCCUUUGCCUUUCUCUCUCCUUCUCUUUUUCCUUUGCCUUUCUCUCUCCGUCUGUCCGUCUCCCUCUCCCCUUUCUUCUCCUUUUCUUUCUGAAGAGUGAUACUCCCCCCUCCUCUGAAAUAAGAGAGAGGAACAGGUUAUGGGCUGGUUUAUCUGUGGUGGAAAGGCAAACAAAAAUGCCAAGAAACUCCACAGGAAACAGCCUGAUGAUUUCAAUGAAUCCAAGCAGCAGCAGCAGAAGAAGUUUGAUGAUCAGAUCCCGUCUUCUUCAGAUAAAAUAAAGCAAAAUAUCACCCAACAGUUGAAGGAAAUUCCCAAGCCGAAAGAGGGAGGAUCAGAUCACAUUGCUGCACAUACAUUUACAUUCCGUGAGUUGGCUGCCGCGACUAAGAAUUUUAGGGCAGAUUAUCUUCUGGGUGAAGGAGGUUUUGGCCGGGUAUAUAAAGGGAGAUUAGACAGCACGAAUCAGGUUGUCGCUAUCAAGCAACUUGAUCGAAAUGGCCUACAAGGAAACAGAGAAUUUUUGGUUGAAGUAUUGAUGUUGAGCCUACUUCACCAUACUAACCUAGUGAACUUGAUUGGCUACUGUGCUGAUGGAGACCAGAGACUCUUGGUAUACGAGUACAUGCCAUUAGGAUCUUUGGAAGACCAUUUACACGACCUGCCACCUGAUAAAAGGGCACUCGAUUGGAACACAAGAAUGAAAAUUGCUGCUGGUGCUGCUAAGGGUUUGGAGUAUCUGCACGACAAAGCUAACCCUCCGGUUAUAUAUCGGGAUCUAAAGUGCUCAAACAUACUGCUUGAUGAAAAUUUUCACCCAAAGCUGUCUGAUUUUGGUUUGGCGAAAUUGGGCCCUGUCGGAGACAAGACACAUGUUUCUACUAGAGUGAUGGGCACUUAUGGAUACUGUGCACCAGAGUAUGCAAUGACAGGUCAACUUACAUUAAAAUCAGAUGUGUAUAGCUUCGGCGUUGUUCUUCUCGAGGUUAUCACUGGAAGGAAAGCCAUUGACAACUCGAGGGCUGCCGGGGAGCAUAACCUGGUUGCAUGGGCUCGACCAUUGUUCAAGGACCGAAGGAAGUUUGCACAGAUGGCUGAUCCGCUACUGCAAGGGCAUUACCCGAUGAGGGGAUUGUAUCAAGCUCUAGCUGUUGCCGCAAUGUGUGUUCAAGAACAGCCGAACAUGAGACCUCUCAUUGCUGAUGUUGUUACUGCCCUGACUUACCUUGCGUCCCAGAAGUAUGAUCCGGAGAGCCAGCCAGCCCGUGCAGUUGCAGGAGGGGGACAAUCUACUCCUAGAGCUAGAAGAGAGUAAUAGUGAAAAGCUGUUUCUGUUUGGUAGGAAACGAAAGAGGAAUUGGUGAUGGUUUCUUUCAGACCAUCUGGAUCCUCAAACCCUCUCCUAUAAGGUUGCUGUGACCAUGCAGUCAUCUCGAAACAAGGAGUAGAAGACAUGGAUGAAAGAAGGAGAAGAAGUUGCUUGAGAAGAGCACAGAGAAUUCAUGUUUGUGAAAAUGCGAUUGCGGGACUUGGUUUUAGGAGCUCUGCAUUCAAGAAUUUUGGAGUAUACUCAGAAAAACAAAGGUGAGUUGCAAUGAGCAAGAUGAAUGGGAGAUCAAAUUGGAUCUCUUUUUACUUUUUACCUUUUUUUUCCUCCUUCCUCUCUUUCGGUUUCCUAUAUAUAAUCUCUGUUAUUUAUUUUAUUUUAUUUUUUUGGUGAAAGAAUAUUCAUGAAUGUGCAAGUACAAUUCCUAGCUCUUGGGGCUAUCUGUAUCUAUAGUUCAGAUUUCUUGUUUAUACACAGACUUACCCCUACUGUGGCAACAUCUUAUCAUGUUCAUUUGUGCCUUCAUCUUCUACAAGUCCCAAGUUGGUUAUCGUUUCGUAUUAAUGGUAAUCACGCCCUAAUUAAGUCCCCGUCUUAUCCCCGUAACAA